CGAGGCGCCUGCGAUUCGGAAGCUAGCUAUGCUGAGUCGUUGGCUGAAGCUGAUGCAACUUUCAUGCAAUCUUUAUUGGAUGCCAAGGCGGACGCUCAUACGUGAAAGUGAAGACCGACUUCUAUCGAGCGCAGUAUACACGUUCCCUAUUUUACUAGAUGUUUAAUAGCGUGACAUUAACAAGACUACGACGUCUGAGAAGGGAGCACAGAUGGAACAACAGGCGGAACAACGACAGGAAGAGGUUCGAGAGUCCGAACUGGGAUCGCCUUCGCAAGGUGAGAGCUGCAACAACCACGGGCCACACGAGACACUCGCAUUUGAAGGCAGGUCUGGAAAAACGCUCCGUGUGUUCCGGGGCGCCUGCAACGGUCACAGUUCAAGAGGAUGCGUCGUAUUUGACGGCAUUGAUGUAGAUUCGGGAACUUACGUGUCUGUUGUAGAGUGGACCCGCAUGACUGCUGAGGAUGUUGCUCCCAUAGAACGCGAGCUUCAAUCUACAUUGUUAGAGCUGCGUCAUUCGGCGCUACUCCACUACCUAGGGAGCCUCUUUGUGCCCGAGAGAGGAGCGUUUUACCUACUGCAGGAGUUUGCGAGAGGUAGCUCUCUACGAUCUUACGUAUCUCGUGCCAUCAACAUAGACGGUGCCCAGUUACGUAGAUACUUGCAAGGAAUACUGCAAGCACUGGCAUACCUGCACGAACACUCCGUCGCUCAUCAAGAUCUCAGGGACUCAGAUGUUUUCAUCGACGGCGACGUCGUACGUGUGGCAAAUUACAGUCUGUCGUAUAAGUUAGCCGCAUUGCGUCAUGGAAUUCGAGCAAAGAAGAAAAAAGGCGACGUGUAUCAGCUAGGCCUGCUAGCACACACACUAGUGAAGGGUCAGAAAGAAGAGACCGACAACAUUAUUCCUUCGGACGACCACUUCCAAGACUUCCUGAGGCGCUGCUCGUGUGAGCAAGAAGAGUAUCGCUGGUCGUGCAACCAACUGCUUUCCCACCCCUUUAUUAUAGGAGAGACAUCAAUUUCCCCAGCCAUUUCUGACGUUGUUGACUUUGAACCAGCUGUCCCUCUAAGCCAUACAGCCCUAACAUGCUCUCGUCUUCAAGCAGAUUUUGACAUGCUGGGAGAGCUGGGCAGAGGAGGAUUUGGUCGAGUGUUUAAAGUUCGCAGCAAGCUGGAUGGUCGUACUUACGCUCUCAAACGCGUCAAAUUCAAUGCUCGGCGCAGUCGUUUUGACAAAGUAAUUACGAGAGAAGUGAAGAUCCUUUCGAGGUUGGACCAUCGUAACAUAGUUCGUUAUUAUGGUUCAUGGACAGAAGAGACCAUCAAGACUCCAGACCAAGAAUCUCCUUCAGGCAGCGACGAUGACGAAGUGGUGUCCGAAGCCAGCGAGAAUGAAGACGUAUCUGAAGACGAGACCCCUGUCACAGCAUGCAGUAACAUGUGCAUGUACAUCCAGCUGGAGUUGUGUGAAUACGGCACAUUGCGAAAUGCUAUCGACAAUAACCUCUACAAAGACACAAAUCGUGCGACUAGAUACUCCCGCGAAAUUUUGGCAGGACUCAAUCAUAUUCACGGGCUUGGAAUCAUACAUCGUGAUGUGAAACCUGACAAUGUUCUCAUCACUAUGAAUGACACUAUCAAGAUUGCGGAUUUUGGUCUAGCGGUACUGGCAUCUGCUCCCGGGGGUGGUGAGCAGCGGUUUAGCGAGAUGCCCAUUGCUAGCCGCCUGACUGGCGGCGUGGGUACGCCACCCUAUCGUGCCCCCGAAUUAGAGCAAACCGGGGUUGUGCACUAUACUGAGGAUGUUGACAUGUACAGCUUCGGCGUCACGAUAGUUGAGAUGUUCAGCCCCCCAAUGUUAACAGCUAUGGAACGGCAGCAAGUGCUGGGAAGCGUGCACAACAUACUGGUGAGGUUGCAGGAAGGCAACACGCUUACACCUUAUCAACAAGUCUAUGCUCUCAGUCUUUUGCUGCACAGCCCAGCAAUCCGUCCGUCUCCAGUAUUUCUCUCACAGGAGGAUCUGAAUCGUACAAUGCACAGAGAACAUAUUCAGUACAAGUUGCGGUGUGCCAUAUACGAACUCUGUUCUCUCAAAAUGUUCUUCCUUGCGUGCUUCGUCGGUGUCUGUUGCACGAUACAAUUGUACCGUAAACCACAGGUAUCACAGUAUUCUUCUGACUGGAUAGUUAACUUUGCUUUUUGGAUUUUGUUUUUAGCUUUGUGUUGUCUCAUUGGUCUGCAAGGCUGUUUCAUUUAUCUGAAAGGCUGUUACAGUGAUCUGCAAGGCUGUCUCAGUGAUCUGCAAGGCUGUUUCAGUGAUCUGCAAGGCUGUUUCAGUGAUCUGCAAGGCUGUCUCAGUGAUCUGCAAGGCUGUCUCAGUGAUCUGCAAGGCUGUCUCAGUGAUCUGCAAGGCUGUUCCAGUGAUCUGCAAGGCCGUUUCAGUGAUCUGCAAGGCCGUUUCAGAGAUCUGCAAUGCUGUUUCAGAGAUCUGCAAUGCUGUUUCAAUGAUCUGCAAUACUGUUUCAUUGAUUUGCUAAACUUUUUCAUUGAUUUUUUAUUGCAAAACUUUUUCGGUGAUCGAAAGGCUGUUUCAGUUAUCUGCAAGGAUGUUUCAGUUAUCUGCAAGGAUGUUUCAUUGAUCCGCAACGCUGUUUCACUGAUCCCCAAGGCUGUUUUAUUGAUCCGCAAGCAUGUUUCAGAGAUCCGCGAGGCUGUUUCAUUGAUGCAAGGGCAAUCGCGCAACUGAGUUCUAUACAAAUAAAUACACGUGGAAAAAAGAUAACAAAAUGUACACAAUAAAUCACUGAAACUUUCUAAUUUCUCCUAUGUGGCAACGUCAUGGCCAUUGGAUAUCAAUUUAAAUUAGAAAUGGGACAGAUCCAAAAUUUUUCGCAUCCGUAUCCGAGGAAGGUUCUACAAAAAUUCACGAAUCUUACAAAUCGUUUUUUUUUUUUUAGGAAGAGUUUAAAAGGCCAGGAAAAAACUUCUAGUGGAACGUAUUUAGAAGCAGAAUAUGAUGUGUUUGUUUAAUGAAAAACAGAUUACGUAAUGCUCGAGUUUCAGGAGAAAAUAUUCCCACAUACAGAUCUGAAAACGCAAUUUAUCGGACAUGUUGUUUAUCGACUAGAAGAAAUGCAUAAAUUCUCGAGUCUGAAUUAUUUCCAUAAAACUAAGCAACAAUCAAAAACAGGUAACUUUCGAACUUGUAAUGUAACAGUUCCUGCCCGAACUCCUUCAGUCCAGAGCAAUGUAAUGAAACAAACAAGAAAACAUACAUCGGCCAAUGAGGUUUUUGGUGAACUGGCGCCUCGCCAGUUUGAAAAAUAAAAACAAAUGUGGCUGGUAGAUUUGAUUUGCCGUUUCAGGCACUAUGAUCCGGAUUCCCGAAUACCUGCCUAGGAUUCCAGGAUUCGCGUAUUCUGUUGGCACAUCCCUAACAUAAAUGCAGGUACUUAAGCCUUAUAAAGAACACCGAAACAAACAAAAAAAGAGGGAAGGCAGUAAGAAUCGGGACUCGUUUGGAUGACAACUCGAUGAAUUGUUGUGGAUGAUGAUGAUGACUGGAGUCUUAAUAGUGCAUUGACAACACAGGAUGUAUUGGUUCUUAGUUCAAAUGAGCGACAGCAAGUAAUAGUUCUAACAUGAGUAGUUCUAUUGAAAGUAGAUAAGAGAGUGGAGACCACAUAGUUUGUUCUUGGUGUUGGAGCAGCGAUUGCAGGCACGGUCCUGCGGGAGUAGUUUGUGCGGUGUCGGCGAAGUGAAUGUGUGUUGGUGGGAUUGUGAUAAAUGGAGUGCACGAAAAGGACAAGCUUGUGACUAAUGAGGCUAUAGACAUCUGGGAUGUUUAACAGGCCAAGUGCAUAAGUGACAGAAGGUAUCUUCGAUAUGGCCUGCACCUCCGGCACUAGUUUGGGGGGAGUGCCGAUGUGGUGCCAAGAGUGUGCGCCAGUGCAAGUGGAGGUUCAACACAAAGCGCUUCCAAAACGAACGAGCGACUGCAGGUGCAGGCUAGUGGUCUGCCGCCAGCACCGGGACCACUGUCGUGUUCUUUAACGCUUGUCUUUCCUUUCGUGUAGACUGUUUGUAUGAUAUGUACUUCAUUCGCUUUACCAGCCAUUGAUAUACGUGUUUGUUAUGACUCUGUACCUGUACCCUUGCGUUGACGACGUAUGUAUUCUAUUUGCUUUUACGGAACGGAAUGAAGAACGCUGCCCUGUUCCCAGCAAUGACGGGAACAUUGUGGGACGAUGCUACGAAUUGGAGUGUUUUGUUUUUCCUACUCGGUGCUUCAUCUCUGUAUAUUUUUAAAUAAAAAAGGGUUCUUUGCUGC